UGAAGUGGAUGUUACUUGUCCGCACUCUUGUCAGUUCAAUCUUCAUUGCUCAGGGAACUGUUUGGGGCUAUUCCCUUUUAAGACGAACGGACCUGGACAACAAAAAGGCUGGAGAGAUCCCAUCCAGCGUCCUUCAUUCCGACAGUAAAGUGGACUGCGGGAUACUCUGUGCCCAGGAGGACACAUGUGCGGCCCUCACAUACCAUGAUGGACAGUGUUUCCUCUACAAUUCAUCCUUGUCAACAUCUGGCUUACCAAGCCCAGGUGCCAGUGGGUUCAUAUCUGAUGUCCCAGCUCCUGAUGCCAGAACAUUCAUCAAACGAGAUCACUGCCCUCUGUCUCUGGGUUACACGUCAGUCCCGUCUGCAGACCUGUGUUUCAAAUACCACGAUGUUUCAAUGAAUUAUACAGCCAGUCAGGAACAAUGUGAGAGUGACGGUGGCCGCCUGGUCAUCCUGAACACCGUGGAGAAACGAGACUAUAUUGUUGCCACACUGGGAGUUAAGUUGAUCUAUCCGCAUAUUGGUCUGCGAAGGGUGGGCGGAUUGACAAGCUGGCUAGAUGGUUCAACCUAUCUUCCUGGAAAGGUAGCAAUCAACCUUAACGGAUGCGGAAUUUUGUAUCAUGGGGCCAUAAGUACCUAUUAUUGCAAUUGGCUCCGGCCUUCCUUUUGUGAAAUACCGGUUAACUAUUCACAAGUCGCCAGGCCAUUCUGUUAAUGAAACAUAUGAAAUGGCUUUAAUUUGACAUGAUCAAUGACUACAAUAUUGGCGUAGCAUUGACGGAGCCUAUGCACAAUAAAUCUGUCUGCCUUCACAAAUACAUUCCAAUACACUCUGAUGGAAACAUUUUACACACUGCAUAAUCUGUGUUGGUGACUGUUUAGAUCCCCAGCAAAUGACAGUUUUCCUAAAAUAAUAUAGUGGAAACUCUUUCAGUCACUGACGCGUUGCCGACUUGAUGGACGCUGCUCUGUGUCAAGUCCAUAUUGCUGCUGCAUCCAGUAGUUGAAGACGUACUUAGGACGUCUGCUUGAGAACAAUUGAUCCUGUGUUUAGCAGAAGAUUCCAAUUGUGAAUGUGGGAGACAGCUUACUCAAAUUAAGGAGUGUCUUGUUAUCACAGUCGUCACCGUCCCAGUCCUUUGAAUCCUCCCCUUCGAUCUUCAGCAAAAUGUACCGGGUUAGAAAUUGAGAAGAGUUCUUUGUGAAAUGAUUUCUCUCCCAUAUGAAGUGGACGUCCUCGAAAACGAAAGUGCUUGGAACAAUCUACUGUUUCAUGGAGUCAUAUUAUUUUAUUAAAUGUCAUAUUGUUUUAUUAAAUGUCAUAUUGUUUUAUUAAAUGUCAUAUUGUUUUAUUAAAUGGCGUAAUUGUUUAAAAGUUCACAUUUCACAGUGUUUCCUGAUGAGUUUGAUAUCGGUGUUAACUUACAUGAUAUACUGAGAACAAUGGAUGAUCAUUGCAGAAUUGCAUGUGCUUUAAGCGUUAAGAAAGUACUUUAUUAGAUAUGGCUUCAAAUGUUUGUUUCCCUUUCU